AGACUUAAUGACAUUUUACGCUUAGGCCUUUCCCGUAUACUCCGCAUGCCCAACACCAUCCCCUAAAGCCAUUUCCCACUGCAUCAACAUUGAGAAUCCUGGUCACGUAAUUUUUCAUUGGCUAUGACGCACAUCUCCAUGCGAAGUACACCUUGACAGCGACCAUAUGUAAAAAUAGCUAUAAAUAUGGCGUCAAUCUCUGCUGAUUCUGUACAAAGCGAACAGGCAUUGAUAGCACAAUUCCAUUACCACCACCAUCAAAACAGGCCAAAUCUCUUCGAAAUGUGCUGGCAAAGAUGGAAAACCCCAGCCAGAUUCCCCGACUGCAAAGGGAAGUCUCAAGGAAACUGUAUCCUUUUUGACCCGACCGAGGACCAUGUCCAAUGGUGUAUCGAGGCCGGCCGAAGGGGGAGCGCGUGCCCCAACCCUAUUCCAACGACGGAAACGAGUUCUACUCGGCGAAAAGUGGAUUGCCCAAGGCAUCGCACUCAAAACCCAAAGCCAGACAACACCAAUCCAGGCCCGGAAAUGCAGGUGGUAGUGGUUCGCUUGGUCAAAGUGUUAAGGUUGGAGCUUGACCGGUAGGAAACCACUGCUGGCACUAUCACGACAAAAAUGGACCAAGGCAAGAUGCCUUGAUCCCAAGCAUUGGAUAGCAAAACAGAGCUGGGAAGCUUUUGAUGGUCGGAUUCUUUAUUUGCGCCUUUAUAUUCAACAUAUACUUGGCGAUGAUCUCUCUACUAGUGCAGUUUUUAUGCAGCUUGAAUACAUUGUCUUGACAACACG